UGCGCGCAUGUAUAAGUACGGCGACUCUUCAUCGCUCAAUUUUGCUCUCUCGACAAGAACCACGGAUUUCAGUCCUUUCCUAGUUUCUUUUCCUGAACUGGGCUUUAGUACCAACCAUGAAGAUACUAUCACUCUUUCCACUCUUCUCAGCAUCACUAUGCUUCGCGACAGCCAUUCCCGCCCAGCCAGCGCUCUGUGGUCCUGACGAGGCCGUUAUUUUCCUCACCAAUGGCUCUACCACCACGGUCAAGAAAGCCGACCUAGCCUCGCACCUGCAAGGUCUCACCUUUCUCUCUUCAGAAGCAUCCGACAAUGCCCUCCCCCAGCUGAUCAAAGCCAACGCAUCCUCUCCCAACAUGGCCAAGCGCGGUUCCAGCGCAGAACUGAUCAUUCCGCUCCCUGAUCAGGACUUCCUCGGCUGGGACGUGGCCAUGUCGACCAUCGUGCACGCCAACCAAGCCGCCGCCACGGUGGCCAUCCAGUCCGGCCAGUCAAUCGCCAACAGCAUUACCACCGGCGCAUCCGCCGACUUCACCCUCGUCAAGGAUUUCUUAUCCAUGUCUACCAGUAUCAGCUACCAGGAGACAGCCACCAGCACCGUGACUGGCACGGUCACUAUGACUAUUCCAGCUAACAAGUGGGGAGCGAUCGUGAGUAACCCAUUAACCCAUCGCAAGAGAGGGUAUGUGUUUACCGGCGGACCUGGGGGCGGUCAGUUCGAGUAUUACCAGGCGGAUUCAUUUACUGAUGCGAGCUUCAAACUUGAGGGGGGGACUCUGUCUUGGGUUAAGGGGGUUGUCACGACUUGCUUGGGCGAUACAUAUCCAUUGGCGAGGUGCGUGGGUGAUGGAAGUCUGGAGUGAGUUUACCAC